AAUGCUCUCGGAUGAUUCGGUGAUUACCUCCCGUCCCUCUGCGACAUGUAUCCUCCUCUCUGGCCUCUCAGUGGUUCUCUAUAACCUACGCACGCUCAAGUUCGACCUAGACCAACCGCUUGAGCUCUGGCCGCUCGCCCUGGUCUGCCUCAGUCCGAUGAUUGCCGCGCAGGAGUGUCGGGGGGCAAUUCUGGUAUCCUCCAUUUCAUUCGCUGCUUGCUCGGGCAUCUUUUUCUGGUCUAUUGGUCUGGAAUUGUACCUUGGUUUGGUAACAGGGCUCAUCUGGGGUGCCCUUUGGGACCUACUAGAGGUAUCCGAUGAAUACGUAUUAGACGAUAAGUCCGCUAUAGGCAAGCCCAUCAGGAGGGCAGCAUACUGGACUGGUAUCGUAUAUAUCACAUCUUAUUUUUUGGGGACUUUUUUCGCACUCAGCACGCCUUUCCAUGACGUCCCUUCACUGAUACAGCCGAUUUCCUGGUUCGGCUUCUAUUCGUUGGAGUUCACCGUGUUCUUAGUUAACGCGGCUCUGGGUCAGCUUGUUUUCACACAGCGUCGGAAGCCUCUGGUCGCACUUGUGCUGUGGUGCAUGCUAGGAUGGAGUCUGUUGUCAAUUAUUCAGUUUUACAUCUUGCGGACUUCCACAGGGCCAUCAGCCAGAGUGGCAACGAUCACUCCUGGUGCAGAACUGGGUGGUGUUGCAUGUGACGAAACUGCAGUAGAGCAGUACGAGAGAGACGCUACUUGCAAUGGGACCCUAGAAAGACAGAUGCAGCUUACCAAAGACGCUGUAAUGAAUAAAGGUGCGAGAUUUGUGGUAUGGCCAGAAAUGUGGCUCGGACCCUUCCAAAAUCUCACAGAGGCUAAAGAUUAUAUCCGUUCGGAAAUAGGACAAGUAGCGGGGCAGUUGAAUAUUUUCAUGUCCAUCGGAGCUCUCGUUGGUGAAAAUGGUAAUAUCGCAAUGCUGGUGGGGCCUGGCGGCAAGAUCUUGGGAAUCUAUGGCAAGCAAAACCGACUCGGUGUAGUCGGGGAGAAGAGCUCAUUACGGUUUGGAUAUCCGACAUAUGAGGUACCUUCAACUUUCAUAGAUUCGAAUGGGCCCUGGACCGGGAAGGUUGGGAUGCUGAUAUGCUACGAUGUGGACUUUUCCCAGGCUGUUCGCUCCAUGAUACUCCAGGGGGCUGGACUAAUACUCAAUCCAUCGCAAGAUUGGUCAGCAGUUAGGGAUCAUCUAUCUCAAGUCGUUUUCAGAGCGGUAGAGAGCCGGGUUGCUAUUGUCAAGGCAGACAUGGCCUGGGAUUCAGCCAUUGUUGAUCAAAUGGGACGCAAGGUCGCGCGGUUUCAAAGCCGCAACGAGCGAGAGAACGUCCUGUUUGAGAGGGGAGGGCGAAUCGCGAAAAGGAAGUGCCUGAACGAGAUGACAACGUGGAGGACCCUGCCACUGGCCGGAAGAAGGCCUCUGCUGAUCCUUCCAGAGUGUCAGAAACGGAGAGUGUGGCGUCAUCACAAAACCCAUUCACUGACCUUGGAAGUGGGUUCAAAAAACGUGAAGUGUAUCGGUCUCGAUGAUGAUGAGAACACCGAGGAGGAUGGGCAACUCGCGUCUUACCGUGUUAAUGUAUUCUCAAUGGGAGGUUAG